UCUUCUUGCCAACGCACGCACGCGCGAGCCCGAGCCAAAACCCGAGUUCCCCUUUCCCUUCUCUCGCUCGCUCGCGCCCACGGGAUUUCCUUCCUUCUUCGUCUUCGUCUUCGUCUUCUCCCCCUGCGUUGCGCUAACCCUCGUCUCGUCAGAUCCAUCCGUAUGGCGGCGGCGGCGCUGGCGGUGACGGACGAGCUGGCCCUGCCGCUCCGCGCGGUGGGGGAUCUCGCGGCGGCGGCCGGCAUCUCCCGGGAGGAGGUGGUCGUCAUCACGCAGUGCGCCACGCUCGGUGAGCCCCCUGCCCGUGGGAAGUUGCCUUUCGAUGAUGCGUCAGUGGGUGCUGUUCUGUCUGUCAUAAAAAAGGCGGAAAGUUUUGGGGAUCAGUUGGUUGCUGAAGUUAGCCGAGUGCUGAAAGCCGGGGGAAUUGUGCUGGUACAGAGCUUCACACCCUCAUCUGAACAGAAGCCAAACAACUAUAUCGAGCGCCAGCUACUCAUGGGCGGUUUUGUUGAAGUCCAAACUUCUGCUACAAGCUCGCAGGAUAGUGUGCAAUCUGUUACUAUCAAGGCAAAGAAGCCCUCAUGGAGUAUGGGUUCUUCCUUUCCCCUGAAGAAAGCAACAAAGGCUCUUCCAAAGAUUCAAAUCGAUGAUGAUGAUGAACUGAUUGAUGAAGACAGCCUCUUGACCGCGGAGGACUUGAAGAAACCACAGCUUCCAGUUGUGGGGGAUUGUGAGGUGGGUGCCGCAAAGAAGGCAUGCAAGAACUGCACUUGUGGCAGGGCUGAGGCUGAGCAGAAGGUCGAGAAGCUGGAACUCACUGCGGAACAGAUUAAUAACCCUGUUUCAUCUUGUGGCAGUUGUGGGUUAGGCGAUGCGUUCAGAUGUAGCACUUGCCCAUACAGAGGCCUCGCGCCAUUCAAGUUGGGCGAGAAGGUUUCCUUGUCCGACAACUUCCUUUCGGCCGACAUAUGAUACCAUGACAGAGCAAUGGCAGAUAGGAAAUGCCGUGUCCGAUUCGUUGGUUUGUUCGUUGGGAAGCUACGGUUUUGGUGGUGAUCACAAGUACUAUAUCUGCAUGGAAAGUACAGGGCUCAUGUUUUAGUGUCCCAUAGCAGUUCCCAGGUUCUUCGAUUGAGUGUGAUUUUGUCAGUACGUCUCUAUUUGGGAAUGCAUGUAAUUUGACGGAGAAAAAUACGCUGCGAAGACACCGUUUUCCUAUCGUAUCAUAUCGUUGCAAGGUGCAUUUGUCUCUA